AUGGUGAUGGAUAAGCUAAGUUAGAUGGAGAUUCCCAACAUAAAUUAAUAUAAAUCUUAUUUACAAGGUUCUAAAUUAAAGAUGCCCGUAUUUCAUAGAUAGCAUAAUAAAUUAUCAACUGCUAAACUGGCUACAAAAGUAGAGCAUAAAAUCCUAAUCUAUUUUUCAUAUCAAAGCAAUCUAUUAAUAUCCUAGAACUAUCAGUGAUUAUAUACCCGACACAAUAGAACUAAGGAGAUAAAAAUAUUAAAGAAAGAUUACAUUUUAAGCAUUCAAACCUUUAUCAUAUAUGCAUAAGAAAUGAAC